GGGGAGCCGGGAGAGCUGGAUUCGGAACCCGAGCUAGCUUAGUGCUCGGAGUGGUGCUGGCCGAGGUGGUGCGGUCGCAUUAUGAGCGAGGCGGACGGGCUGCGGCAGCGCCGGCCUCUGCGGCCGCAGGUAGUCACGGAUGAUGGCCCGGCUCCGGAGGCUAAGGACGGCAGCUCCUUUAGUGGUAGAGUUUUCCGGGUGACCUUCUUGAUGCUGGCCAUCUCCCUUACUGUUCCCCUGCUUGGAGCCAUGAUGCUGCUGGAGUCUCCCAUAGAUCCCCAGCCUCUCAGCUUCAAAGAACCCCCUAUCUUGCUUGGUGUUCUGCAACCAAAUACGAAAUUGCAGCAGGCGGACAGGCUAUUUGAAAACCAACUUAUUGGGCCAGAGUCCUUAGUAAAUAUUGGAGAUGUGAUGUUUACUGGCACAGCAGAUGGCCGUGUAAAAAUUGAAAGUGGUGAAAUAGAGACCAUCGCCCGAUUUGGCUCGGGCCCAUGCAAAACCCGAGAUGAUGAGCCUGCUUGUGGGAGACCUCUGGGCAUCCGGGCAGGGCCCAAUGGGACUCUUUUUGUGGCUGAUGCAUAUAAGGGACUAUUUGAAGUAAAUCCUCAAAAACGUGAAGUUAAACUGCUUCUCUCUUCUGAAACACCCAUUGAGGGAAAAAAAAUGUCCUUUGUGAAUGAUCUGACCAUCACUCGGGAUGGCAGAAAGAUUUAUUUCACAGAUUCCAGCAGCAAAUGGCAAAGACGAGAUUAUCUGCUUCUGAUCAUGGAGGGUACUGAUGAUGGUCGCCUGCUAGAGUAUGAUACCGUGACCAAGGAAGUGAAAGUUCUUUUGGACCAGUUACGGUUCCCUAAUGGAGUCCAGCUUUCUCCUGAGGAAGAUUUUGUCCUGGUAGCAGAAACAACCAUGGCAAGGAUACGAAGGGUCUAUGUAUCUGGCUUGAUGAAAGGAGGGGCUGAUAUGUUUGUGGAGAACAUGCCUGGAUUUCCUGACAACAUCCGACCCAGCAGUUCCGGGGGGUACUGGGUUGCCAUGGCAACCAUUCGCCCUAAUCCUGGGUUUUCCAUGUUGGAUUUCUUAUCUGAGAGACCCUAUAUUAAAAGAAUGAUUCUUAAGCUGUUUAGUCAGGAGACGGUGAUGAAGUUUGUGCCACGGUACAGCCUCGUCUUAGAACUCAGUGACAGUGGCGCCUUCCGAAGAAGCCUGCAUGAUCCAAAUGGGCUGGUAGCCACCUACAUCAGCGAGGUACAUGAACAUGAUGGGCAUCUAUACCUGGGCUCCUUCAGGUCCCCCUUCAUCUGCAGACUCAGCCUCCAGUCUGUUUAGUCGGCCCAGCAACUACCCCACCGUGCGUGCUAAGAGUCAUUACACUCAACCACCAUACCUGAUCCAGGAGGAGCUACGGACAUAGUUCUGACCCCAUGUACUUGUCAGUCCUCAGAGGUGUGAUAGGAAUGGCUAUUGCAACCCUGAGAACGUGCAGGCUCUCAAGGGCACCCCUGACUUGGACUUCACUUCAUCUUUAGAGGAAAGCAUAACAUAUCUGCCACAGGGAAGAUAAAUUCACGUAAAGUCAUGUCUCAAAAGAAAAAAAAGUGCUUUCCGAGUAUAGUAAUUCUCCAGGACUUGGGAAACUUUGUGCACUUUUAACAGGUCUCAGGAUUUGUUGGAGAGAGCAGGAGAUGAGCUGCCCAGGAAUCUUGCUAUUGCUGUUGGCUCUGUCCUGCUGGCCUCAGUGUCCUCACUCUUGUUUUUUUUUUUUUUUUGUGGGGGUGAUGUUGGUAUAGGAGGAUGGGGUACAUAGUAGAAAUAUACUGAGGCUAGUCAGCAAGAACUGUGUGAACCAAGACUUUAGACAGUUUAGGAGCUGUGUGGGACAAGGGCCCUUGCUCCCUGAGCAUUCCCUCCAUAGUGGGGGGCUAUCCUCCCACUUUCCACCUGCUGAAGCCUGGCCUUCCUUCAUGCUGGAAGUUUUCAAGACCUUGAGUAAGCAUGUAGGAAAAGUGGACUGAUUCCAGUGGCAAGAAGACUUCCUGGGGUUUCUUUCUGUGAAUACUUAUGCUGCUGGACUUGGACAGUCCAGUGGUUUAGUACCUACUGCAGGGGUGUGUUUAGGAAUGUCCUUUUUACUUCACCUCUAGACCUACAGAUGUGAAUAGUGCACAUGUUGAUGUCAUAUUUGUGCUAGUGUUCUAAGCCCCAAGUUGCUAUGUAAUUUGACAAGUCUAUAUACUGGUCUUAAUUUUGAUAAUAUAAAUAAUAUGAAAUCUGC